CAUAUGCCCUUACACGUGUUUUCCUUCUUUUUAAGUCUAUAACAAUGAUAUUUUACUCUACUCAAAUCACAGUGACCCAGAUAGAAGACUGAUUACGGUAGAACACGUUCCGAAAGGAGAAUGGAAAGGCUUAGUAUUGAAGAUAAUUCCGACGAUGAAUUAUUGCUGGCCGCUGAAGAGAUUAUCAAGGAUAGUGGAAACGCUGUUGAAGCCGUCGGAGGAGGAGGAGGAGUAGAAGAAGGUGUUGUUGGAAGAGUUGUAAGAUCGACGCUGGGUAUUGGAGCGAUAAAACGUGCAAUAUUGGGAAUUGGACUUAUUGGAGGAGCGGUUGGAGCGACAAAAGCAAUAGAGGAAGGAAUUCAGGCAGAAUCUCUAGGACCGACAGUAACCGAUGAUGACCAUUUCGCUAGGAGGAUCAAAGAGAAUUCAGAAAUGCAUUUCGGUUUAGAAGAGGAACUAAUUCAAGAAGUGAUGAGAGUGAAAUUGGAAAGAGAAAAGGGUCAAAUGCACAAAAGUAUCCUAGAAGCGGCUGAAGAUACAAUCUUCCUUGUAAAAAAGUUAAGAGAACCGUAAAUUCAAAGAUAAACUUUUAUUAAUCUCUUCAAUUUUAGUUAAUGAUACAACAACUGAGAAUAAAAUGGAAAAAAGUAUGGAAAAUAAAAACCGAUUAAAAAUACAUUACUAUAAUAAAUUAUUUAUAAAGGUUAUUAUUAUGUCUGUUGUGUGAUAUUUCGAAUUGAAUAGAGAUAUUUUAUAAUCCAUAAUAAAUUGUCAAACAGCCGACAAUAAAUAAUCUAUACAACUCAUUUUAAUGAAUAAUUAAAGAGACGUUACAGUUAUUUUAUCUUCAUUUCUAAUGAAACUUUUUGCUAAGAAGAGUAGUAAAGGGAAUAUUUAAUAUGAGAAUCUUCUUUCAAUUUAUCAUCAUUUUUGGUUUCCUUACCGGAAAGAUUGAAUCUAUGUUGAAUAUGUAUUUAAAUACUAUUGAAGUUGCUUUGAAGGUUUACAGAGAUUCCAGUAGUACGGCCAAUAAUUUCCAUAUACGAAAUACAAUGGACGGAAGCUCUUUGGAAUGGAAAUCCGAUUUCAAUACUCCAAAUAAAUAUCUAGAAACGUUAAAUUUCACUAUGAGAGGAGAGUUUAGUAUUGUUAAAAUACGAUUUCUGCAGACGAGAUUAAAUAGGGAAAAAAUCUCUGUUACAUUCUUAAUGAAAGAUAAUAGUAAUAAUAAGAGUUUUGUAUACGAAGUAAAUAGAGGAUGGAAUGAAUUUCAUUUGGAAGAUGCUAUUACACCUCAAAAGAUUAUUUUACGAUUAAACGAAUCGGAUUAUGAUGAAUUUUCCGUUGGCGAAUUUCAGGCUUUCACUCGAGUUCAAACCUAUUCGUCCUGCCUUGAAAUGUCGAAACAUAAUCCACUCGAUUCGUCUACGCUAACCUUUAUUCACGAAACAAUCAAUUUAACUAUGCACAACGUGGCAAGUACAGAGUUGGGCGCCGUUUGUCAAUCGUCGAGCGGAAAGUGUUUGUCGGCAAUUCAGGAUCGUAUUAAUAUUUUUGACGAAAUGUGGUUAGCCUCCGACAACAAUAACGAGAUAAAACCUUUCAUAAAGAUAACAUUUUUCAAACGUUAUCUUAUUGAGGAGAUAAGGAUAAAUCAACCGCUCUCCAAUACAAUUCCUACAAUUGAUAUUCUAAAUGAACAGAGUAGAUUUGUAAUGAUCAUCAAUUCAAUAUCUCAAUGGUCACAUCAAUCUUUAUCUAUCUAUACAAAGUGGCUAAAUUUUCAAUUCGAUAGGAGUAAGGGUACUUUCGAAGGAGUCUUUGAAAUAGAGGCAAUGUCACGUACACCUCGAGUAGCUGCUGCAGUAUUCUGCGCAAAGGAUGAAGAUGAUAAUAAAGCCUUUAGAACUGUAAACGAGAAUAUACUUCAACAAUUCACAAGAGCCAUUAAGUCUGAUAGCAAUUCGUAUUGUUCCGGCUAUCUGGAUUAUUAUAAAGGUUUUAAUGAAAAUGGACUUGAAGCAACUAAAAUAAACGCCGAUUAUUGUUUCCAAGCAAUAACAGUCUAUUGUAAAGGAGUUGCUGUUACCGAUCAAUUCUACUUUGACCUCUACGGAAUGAACGGUCAUAGGAUAAGGUUUUUCAAUUCAACUAGUCAAUGCUUUACUAAUGAAAGUUUGUCAUGCAUGUGCACUAAUAAUAUCAAUAAUGAUACAAUUAUUCACGGUUACGUUAAUCUAUCAACAAAGAAUCUACCUAUUGUAAAAGCAUGCUUGACAAAACGACAAAAUGAUCCGGUGACUAUAACUUUAUCACUUAAACGAUUCAUUUGCUAUUCGUACGAUAAUUCAAUUACGUCAGAUAAUCAGAUUAUCGUUGAUAACGAUCUGGAAACAUGCUAUCCAAUAAGAGUUAACCGUUUCGAUGAAAUAGCUAUACGUAAGAGUUAUAAUAGUAGUUUAAAAGUUCAAUUAUGGAUUAGGGAUGAAAAUCGUUACCCAUCCUGCGAAACUAUAGAUUUAUGGAAACAUUCCAAAGGUCAUACCUGCAAUAAUAAUGAGAAUAAUUAUCAAAAAUGUCAUCUUUCCAAUGAAUAUCUUUCUCAUCAAACCUAUGGCAAAACUUGCGAAUUCCAGUGUCAGCAAUCCGUUAUAGAUACAUUAUUAAUUAUCUAUAAAAUGACUAAUUAUGCUAAUCUACUGCAAAUAUGUGAAAUUACUAUAACACAAUUGGAUUCAUUUUUGAUCUAAUAUUAAUAUUUUACAUCGUAUUCUAAUGUCAUACAUAUUCGACUUUUUAACUACAUCCUACUCUUUAUUAUCAAUAGCAUUGAUUUAUAUAGGUCUUUUAUUCGUUCCGU